GAGGCGGCGGACGUCGACGUGCGGAGCCUCGACAUCAAGAAGCUGCCGGUGCAGAAGCUGAGGGAGCUCACCAGGUUCAUCGCCAACGAGUACGCCACCUCGGCUGCCAGCAGGAUGAUGACCGGCAAGGCCCCGCAGCUGGUCGCGCCCCAGCGGAUGCCGACAGGGGCGCCGCUGCCGCCGGCGGCGCCGUCGCGGGCGGCUGCGCCUAGCAGGCCCACCGCACGGCCCUCCGCGGCGGCCCCCGCGCGCCCUGCGGGGCCGACGGUGGCUCCCGGCGCCGCCCAGGACUCCGCGGCCCCCGCAGGGAAACCCAGCCAGGCCGCAGCGGUUUUUCGGGCCCCCGCGCCCUCGGCCGCGCGGCCGCAGCCCCUGGUGACCCCCAGCGCCGCGGCCCUCCUCGCCGGCGCCGCCGAGGGGCCGCCGCAGGAGGCAGCCCCCGCUGGACACGGUGGCGCGCACGGGCAGGCCGCAGGCGCGGCGCAGCCGAAGGCCUUGGCGCCCCUGCGCGCGCCGAGGACGCCGCCGCUUCGGCGCGGCAGCUCGCACGGCGAGGCGCCAGGCGACACGGCGCACAAGGCGCCCAGGACGGAGGCCACGCCGCACUGCGCCCAGGAUGGGCCACGCGACGGCGGCUACCCGCUCAGCGGCUGCGGCGGCAGCUCGUCCUCCACCGCUGGGCCUCGGCAGUUGCAGCUCGCGCUGCCCCCGCCAGCGAGGCCCUGGGAGACCCAGGUUGCGUGGGACACUUCCGCCGGCGCCUUCGGGACGGCGUGGGGCACCCAUGGCGCCGUGGGCCCCGGCGGCGCUGCCGCUGCGCCCCUGGCCGGACCGGCGCCCGCCGACGCGAGCAGCCAGGCUCUGGUGCCCUUCAAUGCUGCCUGGCAGCAGCAGCCGCCUGGGGCCGCCCCGCCCGCGGAGCUGCACCCCCGCGCACAGCCCCUGCUCGGCGGGUUCGGAGGGCUCCCGCCCGGGCCGCUGGACCCCUUGGUGUGGCUGGGCGAAGACGGCGGCUGGGCCCCCGGGCGCGCGCCCGGCGCCGACCUGCAGGCGCCACGAUACAUCUCGCAGGGCACGUGCAACCCGCCGGGGCCGUGCCGCGAGGGGUGCCGCUGCAACCAGGUGGCCUCCAACCCCAGGGACCUUGAGAAGCCGUGGCUCGAGGACAAGGCCGGGCCGGGGCAGGGGAUGAUCCACCCCUGGUCUCGCGCACCCCCCCUGCCCGCACCGCAAUCCUCACCGCAACCCCCACCUUUUCAGGUGUGUACGACCAGCGUUACGACCCGCCGCCGCUGACCGUGCCAGAGCCCCCGAUGGAGGGGAAGGAGGCGCCGGCGGAGCGCAGCCCGCCCACGGGGCCGGUGCCGCAGUGACGGGGGCCGCCGCCCGAGAGGUGCGCGGCUGGUGGGCCGCCCCAGGGGCUCCCUCCCGACUUCUUGCCUGGACCCGUCCUGCUCCUCCUCCUCCUCCUCCUCCU